UCUGAAAGAAGCUUGGGCCCUCACAGCAUGUGUCUCCUCUUCCUUCGGCUGCUGGUGCUCCUGCCUCUAGGGAAGGCUGCGCAGCAGCACCGGGAAGGCCACCAGAGUCAGACUCCUGUUUCCCCCAGGCUCCCAGAAAGGAGUCACAGAGAACUCCCCGUGGGCCACCACGAGGAGGCUGAGGAGAAGCCGGAUCUUUUUGUUGCAGUGCCACACCUGAUAGGUGCAGGGGAAGGCCAGAGGCAGAGAGAGAAGAUGCUGUCCAGGUUUGGAAGGUUCUGGAAGAAGCCUGAGCAACAAGUGCGCCCACCCCGGGACUCGGUCAGUGAGCACUUCCCGCCUGGGACCCGGGCCCUCGCCCAGCCGAAAGAUGGGAUGCAGAUGGAGAAAUCUCCCCUACGGGAAGAAGCCAAGAGGUUCUGGCACCACUUUGUGUUCAGAAUGGGUCCAGCUUCCCAGGGAAUCAUCCUGCCCAUCAAAAGCCACGAAGUACAUCAGGAGACCUGUAGGACAGUGCCCUUCAGCCAGGCGAUCACCCAUGAAGACUGUGAGAAAGUAGUUGUACAGAACAACCUUUGCUUUGGGAAAUGUGGGUCUGUUCGUUUUCCUGGAGCUGCGCAGCACCCCCACACAUUCUGUUCCCACUGCUUGCCUGCCAAGUUCACCACGAUGCACUUGCAGCUGAACUGCACUGGCCUUUCUCCCGUGGUCAAGGUGGUGAUGCUGGUGGAGGAGUGCCAGUGCAAGAUGAAGACUGAGCAUGAGCAUGGACACCUACUCCAGGCAGGCUCCCAGGCAGAAUCUCAUGCGCAGGAUCCCUUCAUCCCAGGAUUUUCCACUUAAAAAGAGAUCCCACUAGGACCUUUGGAAAUCAAAACCAUAGUAGUAAAGGUGCUUGUUAUUCAGUUUGGAGCUGGCUAGUCGGUGCAUACUAUUAUAAGGGAAAGGCAGUUUAAAAACUAGCGGGAUAGAACAAUCUAGAGGAAAUGGUAUUCAUCUAGUUAUUGGUGUAUAUUUGGGUUCCAGUCUUGGUUCUGCCAUGCUGGCAGGAGGAUAUUAAGGAGUUGUAGAAACUUUCUCCACCUCAAGGGCUUCAUCUCUAUAUGACAGACUGAACCAGAUGAUUGCUAAAAUCUUUUCCUCUACUAAUAUUCCAUGAUCUAGUGUCUUCCAGUUCUGGUAAAAGCCCUCCAUCCGAAGUAGGAAAAGAAAGAAGGUAGAUAGUAAAAGUUGGCUUCUUUAAUAGCUUGUCAAAGCACCACCGAAAACAUGUAUAUAGUGUUUGUAGGAAGGAUUCUUCAUACAUGUAGGUGUACUUUGCAUCUCAGUGUUUUAUUUGUCUUCUAUCAAACGCUUAUUUUAGUUCCAUAGAUUUAAGGAGUGGUUUGCUUCGCUGCCUCUUUAUUUUUGAUACUCCCCAUAUAAAGGUCUUAAGGUCAGGUCUCUGGCUUUGAAGAAGGAAGAGUGAUCUAACUUUUAGUGGUUUACCUAAAUUACCGGGAAAUAAAAAAAUAUACAACCAGUACCCGGCUUAAAGGUCAAUCCAGAGAUGCUAAUGAAAGUAACCAAGGAAUUCCAGUAGACAGGAAAUUAAAUAAAUGGCAAAGGAAUAAAAUUGGAAAGAAUUUACUGGUGAAACCCUUUAUCCAUAUGCAUUUAGGAUUGGGUAGUAAGUUAAAGUACUGUGUUUGGAUGACCGUUUUUUUUUUUUUUGCUGCUGUAUAAAAUCUUCAUAUUAUAAUUUUAUUCUGUAAAUGCCACACUUGCAAUUUCUGAAAAUAUUCUGAAUACUUUGAAGUAUUAAACAGUAGUGUGUGAAGCAUUC